GGGGCCUCCGCGCCCCUCCGCCAGCGAGCCGCCGAGAGCGGGCGAACUCCGCCAGGGCCUCUCGUAAUGGAGACGACAGCUGCUGGAUUCCUACCCAGGUGUGGUCCUCCCUCAAUGUCACUUCUUCAGAUAGCUCCCCAGCUCUAGAAAAUGAGCAUCCUCAAGAGACCCCAGAGUCCAACAAUAGCGUGUAUACUUCCUUCAUGAAGUCUCAUCGCUGCUAUGACCUGAUACCCACAAGCUCCAAAUUGGUCGUAUUUGAUACUUCCCUGCAGGUGAAGAAGGCUUUCUUUGCUUUAGUGACUAAUGGAGUACGAGCUGCCCCUUUGUGGGACAGUAAGAAGCAAAGUUUCGUAGGCAUGCUGACCAUCACUGAUUUCAUCAAUAUCCUGCAUCGCUACUAUAAAUCAGCCUUGGUACAGAUCUAUGAGUUAGAAGAACACAAGAUAGAAACCUGGAGAGAGGUGUAUCUACAGGACUCCUUUAAACCGCUUGUCUGCAUUUCUCCUAAUGCCAGCUUAUUUGAUGCUGUCUCUUCGUUAAUUCGAAACAAGAUCCACAGGCUGCCAGUUAUUGACCCGGAAUCAGGCAACACUUUGUAUAUCCUCACCCAUAAGCGCAUUCUCAAGUUCCUCAAAUUAUUUAUCACUGAGUUCCCCAAGCCAGAAUUCAUGUCUAAGUCUCUGCAAGAGCUACAGAUUGGCACCUAUGCCAAUAUUGCUAUGGUCCGCACUACCACCCCAGUCUAUGUGGCUUUGGGCAUCUUUGUACAGCACCGGGUUUCAGCCCUGCCAGUGGUAGAUGAGAAAGGGCGUGUGGUGGACAUCUACUCCAAGUUUGAUGUUAUCAACCUGGCUGCAGAGAAGACCUACAACAACCUGGACGUGUCUGUGACCAGGGCCCUGCAGCAUCGCUCGCAUUACUUCGAGGGCGUCCUCAAGUGCUACCUGCAUGAGACCCUGGAGACCAUAAUCAACAGGCUGGUGGAAGCAGAGGUGCACCGGCUUGUAGUGGUGGAUGAGAAUGAUGUGGUCAAGGGCAUUGUAUCGCUGUCUGAUAUCCUGCAGGCCCUGGUGCUCACAGGAGGAGAGAAGAAGCCCUGAGGGGGGGGACAGGCCAGGUAGCGCUGAGGGAGAUCCCCACUCACUGCCUGCCCACAGCUCCGGGAACCACAGAUGAAACCUUGAGAGAAUUGUGACUCCAUGCUCUGCACAGGCGCCACCUCGCCUCUGUCUGCGGCCGCGAAAGAGUGUGGAGGAAAGAGAGUGGAUUCUCAGCUGUUCUUAUCCUCACACACAGGGGAACAAACGGUGGAGUCUCGCCCACCCUAGCCCCUGUCCUCUUAGACAUCGCCCCCUUUCUGGGUAAAUGAUGGACUCUUUCCCCCUCAGGCAAAUCUGAUCUCUAAGAGAUCCCCAGGCCUCACCCAGCCAGUCCCUCUCUCUCUGCCCUUGACUCUGCCCUGAGAUAAUAUAGCACAACAAACGUCUUUAAAAGAUAUUUUUAUUCAUUCUGUUUCAUGCUGUAUGGAGGAGGCUGAGUCCACUUAGAGACAUUUCUUCCCAUAAUGGGAAGUGGGGAGGGUUGUAGGGAGGAGGGCCUUGGGUUCCUGUGCCGUAGGCAUUUGAGGGGAGACUUGGGUGAGGUGGAGGAGGACCGAGUGGUUAGCUGAGGUUAUUGCUUUUUAUGGUAAACCUAAUUAAAAUGACAGGAACCUC